GGGGCUCUCACGUGAUGAAAUAAUUUCGGUACCUUGCUUUGGGCCGCCACGUCUUGGAUGUGGCUGGAAUUAAAUCCCAUAUGGCUGAGCUGUGCACCAAUGAGAAUCAUCUCGCGGAGAAGACGUCACAGCGAAACCGUAGCUAGGGCGGAUUGAGUACCUUCCAGGCGAUAACCUCAUCCUCAAAGUGAACUCGCCACGGUUCAAAGGACUGAAUCGUGUAAUUCAAUACAAAUAUUCACAAUGGCACCCAAAGGACCAAACUAUAAGCUAUGGUUCAAGAUGAUUCUAGGCGGCGCUGGCAUUGCUGUCGGAGGUCCAGCCUUGGUCAUGUACAUUUCCCCGACUGAGGAGGAGCUCUUCAAAAGAUAUAACCCAGACUUGCAAAAGAGGGCCCUCGAGAGCCGGUAUGAGCGACAGAAGGAGUACGACGACUUUGUCACGGAACUCAAGAAAUCCGCAAAGUCGGAUAAGAAUAUCUGGAUCACUCAGCAGAUCGAGGCCGAAAGGAAGGAAAAACUUGCCAAACAGAUGGCGAGCGCGAAUGCAGCAGCUGAGUAUGCGCGGUUGCAACAAGAGGAGCACGAAAAGAUUGAACAGAUGAGGAAAGAGGCUGGGCUACCGCCUACUAGGUAACAGGGACGCAUUUUAUGUCGCUCAAAAUCGAUGUAAGAUCAUAUAUGUGAGAUACCGCAGACAUGGGCAUUCACCUUUCAAUGGUACAUCGGGGAAAAGCAGUGUACGUGUAUUAAAUAUUUUAGCAGGGAGGAAGUCCCUUAACUGAUCCUGUAAAAUAAUGUAAAUCUAACAUUUCUG